AUGCAACUCAUAUACCAACCAAAUCAUCUCUUACAAGACAUGGACCCAACAGCAAAGCCUAGAGCACUCAUUCACGUCUUGCUCAUCCUCAUCCUCCUAGACCAUGCUUGCCUAAUCCAUUCCCGAAACCUGGCAAAUUCUCCUGCACCUGCACCCGCAAGUAUUGGCCCAUCAACGUACGAGAAGAGCUUGAACCCACAUGAAGGAAGGAAAACAAAUCCACAGUUAGGCUCAUUUCCAGCUACAUGUCAAACAAAGUGUAACCAGUGCAAGCCUUGUGUGCCAGUUGAGGUGACAAUCAAAACAAUGGCAGAGGAAGAGAAUCAGUACUAUCCCAUAGCGUGGAAGUAUAAAGACUGCACACUCUCUAUACUUGAUCUUAAUCAAGAAGGUUUCUAUAGCAUCAAAAGCAAACAUUUCCGCAUCAGAGAUGAAUUUAAGGAACUUGAAUCUGGAAUAUGCACUGUAGGUUCCUCUAAUAUGGAGCCGGGGCGAGGGAAAGUUGCAGACUUGCAAGACUUGGCAGCUGCACUGUGCUUAAGGGUUUUGGUAAUGGAAGGUUUGAUUCCAUAUGUUAUGGAUGCCAUAAGAAAGCAAAAGCCUGGGCACAUUAAAAUCAACACUUUGUCCCAUUCACAUUCAGAUAGCUCAGAACGCAGCUACCAUUUGCUAUUGGGAUCCGAUUCCUUCCAUGGAUCCCACCACGGUCAUAGAGUCAUGGAGCCUGCUACCACAUCCUCUUAUGCUGCCACCACCCUCCGUAAUCGUAAAUCAUGA